AUGGCUGAGCUAGCAAAUCAUCCUCUUCCUCCUACUCCCCCUCCUGCCAUCUACUCCCCUCCUCUGCGAAGCGACAGUCCUCGGAUCGUGGAACCCAUGCAAGAGCGGGGAAAUGGACAUAUACCUACCGUCCAGCAAAGCCAUUCUCAAUCGAGACAGAUGAGCUACCCUUCGAUAUCCAUGUCCCCGGCGGACACAAGACCAACGGACGAUGUGCACGCACUCGCAGACGCUGCUGCCGGAGUCCAAAUCCACCCUCCUGAAACCGCCAUGUCCAGAACGCCUGAUCCUGUGGCUCCAAAUCGGACACUGACUCCUCAGCCGUCAUUGCACCUCGAUCCCAACAGGCUGUCUCCAACGCCCCAGGCAAUGUACCGAGGACGGUCUGGAGAUGGCGAGCCAGGAGGUGCUGACCACCGAAGAGUCUCGUCCGAAAAUUUCUCUGCUCGAGAUGGCAUUGAAUUGACGCCUUUUCAAAAGAAGUCCACGCGGCACGCAUCGACCUCUGCUAUAGACCCAGAUAUCUCAGCUACCACUUCCGAGCCAUUGCGGUACCACCACCAAUGGGCGGACGACGCUGAAAUGACAUCGUUGAACAAGCGAGCCUCAAAGUUGACCAUUGGUACGGAUGGCUCUGGGGGAGAGAGCAUUCGCAAUAGCAUUUAUGGCAGAAGCAUGCAAAGACCUGAUUCGGGAUUCUCAAGCACUUCCGACUUCCGUGGGCGGACCAACUCACCGCACGCCUCCCCUGCUGGUCGGCCUAUCUCGCGCAGUUCGAGGUCGCCUGAUACGCGUCCGCUGUCGUACGUCGAUCUUCUGAACGUCCCAUAUCCCCAGCCCGCACCAAGCGGAGCAGAACAUCUGGUCAAUUCGGGUCUACGAUCUGUUGUGGGGGCCAAUGCCUCGCUAAUGUCCACGAGGAAGACUUUGGAGAUGUAUCGGGCAAAUGUCAAGAAGACGCAAGACCCUGCCGUCCAGUACGAAUUUGCAAUCUUCAUGAUCAGCGCUGCGCAAGAGGAGGGUCUCGAGUCUGACGAUGUGUCCGAUGCGGCACCUUCUGAGAAGUCACAUACGUCUGUCCGCGAGGAUCUGUUAAAGGAGGCAAAGCAUAUUCUACAGAGAUUGGCGGACCGAUCCUAUCCAUUCGCACAGUACUAUCUUGCAGACGGCUAUGCGUCGGGCCUAUUCAACAAGGGCAAAGAAGACUGGGAUCGUGCGUUCCCUCUAUUUCUGGCGGCGUCAAAACAUGGUCAUGCGGAGGCGGGAUACCGCACAGCAUUGUGCUACGAAUUUGGCUGGGGCUCACGGGUAGAUGCAGCAAAAGCGGUCCAAUUUUAUCAACACGCUGCGAGCAAGAACCAUCCCGGUGCCAUGCUUCGGCUGGGACGAGCAUGUCUUACCGGUGACAUGGGCUUGACCAAGCGAUAUCGAGAGGGUGUGCGAUGGCUGAAGCGAGCUGCAGAGUCGGCUGAUUUCCAGUACAACCAGGCUCCUUUCGACCUGGGCUGUCUGCAUGAGACAGGCUUUGGCCCAGACGUGUUCAAAGAUGAGUCGUACGCUGCCCAGUUGUACACCAAAGCAGCCGAUCUAGGACACGUCGAAGCGAACUACCGACUCGGCGAGGCAUACGAGUAUGGACAACUGAAUUGCCCUCGAGACCCGGCUCUCAGCAUCCAUUUCUACACCGGCGCUGCAGAACGUGGUCACGCACUGUCACAAAUGGCGCUGUGUGCGUGGUACAUGGUCGGGGUUCCCAAUGUUUUGGAGAAAGACGAAGCCGAAGCCUAUGAAUGGGCUAAAAAGGCCGCAGAGCAAGGGCUGGCGAAGGCACAAUACACUGUUGGCUAUUUUACCGAGAUGGGCAUUGGAUGUCGCCGUGACCCGCUGGAGGCGAAUGUCUGGUACGUCCGUGCAGCGGAUCAAGGGGAAGAGAGAGCCAAACAUCGCAUCGCCGCCAUCCGGGCUGCCGGGGCUGGGGCAGAUCCCAUGACGGCAGCAGCUGGCAAGAAAGGAGCCUUGACCACUAGUAAGAGCACCGGGAAUGUUGGACCUCAGGGUGAGCGAGAUUCCACCUCCUUUGGCCGCUGA